UCUCCUCCUUCCUGGUUGGUUUUCCAGGUGUGGUUUAAAAACCGUCGGGCCAAAUGCCGCCAGCAGCAGCAGCAGCAGCAGAACGGGGGCCAGAAUAAAGUGAGGCCUGCGAAGAAGAAGAGCUCUCCAGCCAGAGAAGUGAGUUCAGAGAGUGGGACCAGCGGCCAAUUCACACCUCCAGCCAGUACCUCAGUCCCUGCCAUUUCCAGCAGCAGCGCUCCAGUGUCUAUCUGGAGCCCAGCAUCCAUCUCUCCUCUCUCAGACCCCCUGUCCACUUCUUCUUCAUGCAUGCAGAGGUCCUAUCCUAUGACCUACACUCAGGCUUCAGGCUAUAGCCAAGGAUAUGCCGGCUCAACCUCAUAUUUUGGAGGAAUGGACUGUGGAUCUUACCUGACCCCUAUGCAUCACCAGCUCCCUGGACCAGGGGCCACCCUUAGCCCCAUGGGUACCAAUGCUGUGGCCAGCCAUCUCAACCAGUCUCCAGCUUCACUCUCCACUCAAGGUUACGGAGCUUCGAGUUUGGGGUUUAACUCGUCUACUGAUUGUUUGGAUUAUAAGGAUCAAACAGCUUCCUGGAAGCUAAACUUCAACGCUGACUGCUUGGAUUAUAAAGACCAGACAUCUUCAUGGAAGUUUCAGGUUUUGUGAAGACCUGUUAGGAACCCUUUGUGAUAAACAAUAAUGGUGAUGAUGCUAAUGCUGAUAAACGAUGAGUGACCACAAUGAUGAUGUUGAAACAGACAAGACAAUAGCCAUAGUAGGCUGACAUUUCCAGUUUUGAGAUCUUUGAUUUAAGUUAAAAAGAAUUGUGAACAGGACACAAAUUAAUAACAAAGGCAAGAAAUUCAGUGGUCGUGAUCAUACCUCCCAAUUUCACCUCUUGCUCAGAUGCUCUGGAAAGGAAGACAAGAAGGAAAGACAUGUUGUGUAGACCAAGAACAGAAUUACAUCACUUAGUUUCUCGUUGCUCCAUAGUUUUAGCCAAUUGUUGGGGUUUCUUUGCCUGGAUAGGGAUGGAAGUUUAUUCUAUGACCCAGAGUAUCUCUCUCUCUCUCUCUCUCUCCCUCUCUAUCCC